AUGUAUUUCAGAACCCAAACUUAAUUAUGUUUUAAUAAAUAAUCGCGACCAUUCUAGCGGCCCCUGAAGGCAGCACGGCACGCAGACUGGGUACUGUUGUCAUUCGCCUGGCUGCCUGUGUCGAGCUUUUGUCCAGAAGAAAUGGCCGGGAUUAAAGCUCUGAUCAGCCUGUCCUUCGGAGGGGCCAUUGGUCUCAUGUUCCUCAUGCUGGGAUGUGCCCUCCCUGUAUAUGACAAAUACUGGCCUUUGUUUCUGCUCUUCUUCUAUAUCCUCUCUCCGAUCCCUUACUGCAUCUCGCGGAGAGUGGUUGAUGACACAGAUUCUGCCAGUAACGCCUGCAAAGAGCUGGCCAUCUUCCUCACGACAGGCAUCGUCAUCUCAGCCUUUGGCCUGCCUAUCGUCUUCGCCAGAGCUGAAGUAAUCGCCUGGGGGGCGUGUGCGCUCGUGCUAACGGGUAACAUAGUCAUCUUUGGGACCAUCCUCGGCUUCUUUCUCGUCUUCGGAUCCAAUGACGACUUCAGUUGGCAGCAGUGGUAAAGCAGCAGAGGGAGGGGACCUGUUAGUCUGAACUGUUUUUAUUAGCAUUACUAUUCUGGUAUUACUGUUCGGUUCUUGUUGUUUUUAUUUAUAUAAUGACCUCCCAUCCGUAGACUCGCAUCAAACCAGUGCAAUACUUUUUUUCUUUCCGUUGUUGUUUUUUUUACCGCCAGCGGUAUCUUGGACUGAAAACAAUGAGAUGGAAAUAGUUGACAGGUGAACUGUUCUUCAUUUCAGUUUUGCUCUCGGGUGUCUGUGUAGUGACCUUUAUGCAUCUGUGUGUCUGCUCUUAUUGUGUUUUGGACAAAAUGAUGGUAAAUUAUCUGUGAAACUAUGUCAAAAACAUCCAUAUGACCUGAAGGAUGGGGUGGUCUCUGCCUGGGCUCCUUUAUCUCUUCAGAAAUUGCUUUUGUCAAAGAUUGGUUGGUGUCUGAAAAAGCUCAGGCAGAAGCUUUUUCUGUCUGAAAAGGCCAGAUGUGUGGACAUGCCCAGUGUCAGUGCAGAGAUGAGCGUCAAUCAGGUAAAACUGACUGAAGAUCUGCACAAUACACGCUCAGCUUUCACCAACACUAACGAUAGAUUAUUGUAGAGUGCUACUGUGGCUGUUAGAGAGGAGUCUUGUCAGCCUUUUGUUAGUGUAAUGUGAUGCUAAAACCACCAAGCUGUUAAACUCUGCACGAGUCUAAAAAGAUUAGUGUGCAUAAAUUCAUGCAUUGAUACGGUUGAAGGCGGUUGGAUCUCUCAUCAAAACAAGCGAAUACAAUAAUGUUUAAGAGGAUCUGCUUCCCCGAGCGUCUCUGCAGAGAACAAACCAACCUCCUGGGUUCCACCUGGAUGCAGCCUGCUUUCUCACCAUGUGGGUUUAGCAUUUGAUAGCUGUUACCUCACUGUUCUAUGUGCUAGCAUCCCACAGUCAGGUCAGGACAGCAAUGCAAGUCCUAGUAGCUGGCAGCUAAGGUAGGAUUAGCUUGAGGCCAGCGGCCAAGCUACAGUACGGCUACUUAUAUCCGAGUCCUAACAACCCAUAAGCUCCUAGUUUGCCUACUAGGAGUCCUUCAAAGUAAAACAAUCCAGACUCUAUGCUUGGUGUUGAUAAGCACACUAGGUCCCAAUUUCCUCACACCAGGAGAAGAAAAAACACACAGUUAUGUAUAUUUCUAGUUUAAAGUGUUCUGUUGCCUGUGUGAAGGAAAUGUAUGUCGGCUCUACGUGAGCUUUUGUAGUUUGUGGAGCCAGUCUGGUCAGAUGCAGCUCUUCUUUUUGCAGUUACAUGGAGCAGGGUUGCGUGUCAAACAUUUCCAUUUAAGAGGCUGAGUUUUUUUUGUUAUUUAACCCCUGUCGAUGGUACUGUCUGAAAGUAUCUCUGGAAGAUUAAAGGUUUAAAGUCUUUUGUUUUGUUUAACCUGGUUUGUACUUUUAUUUGUAAAGAAAGAAACACUGCACAGCAAAUCUCUACAGCUCACCUCCCAUCUAGUCUAUGAUAUUAGAGCAAUUAAUUAGUUCAGACAUGAGAAAAUCUGACUUCCCAUCUAAACCUGUCUGACCUUUUAAUUAUUGGUAUGUUCUUUAAAUCACAUUAACAAGUGAAGAACAGACUAAUAAUGAAAAAUCCUGCAUCAAUAAAAUUAUUUGAUAGAAAACCGCUUUGGAAAUCUGCCAACACCUAAAAACUCAGUCUGCUUGGAGGUUUCUCUGCUUUGUUUCAUCAAAAGAGUGUUGUCUGACUCUUUCAGAGAUCGUAACCACAGUGAAGGCAUUGAUUGUGUUGAAAGCAGCACAACAACAGCAGCUUCUUAGUAUCUGUAAUAAAAAGAAGUUCAUAUUGAAAUCUGAAAAUGUGUGCAUAAUAUGAUGUUACUCUUAAUCUACACAAGCAUCUGUUGUUCAUCUUAUCUUAUCCUGAUGGCCUGUAUGUGUGUGCGGCUGCAGCAGGGCAGCUCUGAGUCUGAGGCGCCAGUGAUGAAGGAAUUUUCUGUUUUCUCGUCCAGUGUGAUCUCCCUGAUGUGACAGUCUGCUCCUCAAAAUUUGGGAGGAUGUUGUAUUUAUUUAUUUAAUUGGAUGCUACAUGUCAACGUCAAGCAUUUUCUAUUUACAGUUGUGUGAACAAGGAAGAAGUCAGCAUGGUGGUUUUGUUUGUUUUUAUUUUUAAAUAAAUGCCAUUUUUGAA